UUUCUGGGUACCGGUUUAAUUUAAUACUAAAACGGAGAAAUUCUGAGAAACAUACAAAACGGAACGGUAAGAAGCAGAAGUUAAUGAAGACUGAUUAAGCUGUUUGUUGAGGAAAAGAAAUGGAGGCAAUUGCUGGGUUGGUAGCUGGAUCUCACAAGCGCAUUCGGCAUGAUUCUGAUUGUGGGGAUUGUUGUGACUGCUUUCAACUAGCCAAAAUUUGACCAAAAACGAGUUGAGUUGAGCCGAGCUAAAAUAUAGGGGGCUGAGCCCCAAGCCAGGUUGGUUCGUUGAGCAGGCAACUGAUAUGAUACUUGACAUUACUAUGAUACACAUGCAAAGCAGGAUACCUAAUAUGGAUUCUGAAGCGAAUGAAAUGCAACAUAAACAAGAACGCUUGAGAACAAGAUGGACACCCUCCCUGGACAAGGUUUUUGCUGACCUUGUUGUUGAGCAGAUUAAGCUGGGGAACCGGCCGAACAAUGUCUUUGACAAGAAAACUUGGAAUUAUAUACGUGAUGAAUUUAAUAGACAGACAAAUCUUCAUUUCAAUAACAACCAACUAAGAAAGCACCUUGAUGUGUUGCGAACUCGUUAUUACAACCUUAAAUCUGCUUCUGAUCAAAAUGAUGCUUUGGAUGAUUCUUGCUACAUUGGUUUUGACCUAUGGGAAGACAUCGGGGCUCAGCCGAAGCCUGAAUCGAGUAAAACCAAGGAGUGCCCUAUCUAUGAGCAGCUGUGCACAAUAUUUGCUGACUCGGGUGCUGAUGGGAAGUAUGCCCAAUCAAGUCACUAUGAAGGGCUGGACAAAUCUGCUGGGAUAGAUAUCUCAUUUAAAGACAGUGGCAACUUGGCUCCUCCUUCAUCAACUCCUUUAAACAGUACUGCUACUUUACCACAAACUACAACAAGAACUGUAGCUGGUAAGAAGAGAAAGUGUCCAUCAGAUAUAGUUCCUGCUUCAGGCCAGAACUGCGGGGAUAGAGAGAUAAUUGAUGCUAUGGUAGAAGCUAUGGGGGAUAUGAUUGCUGCUUCAAAGUUUCAGACAGUUGUAAUGCCUCAAGUUGAUGGUAGAUUUACAAUCCGUAAAUGUAUCAAAGCUUUGGAUGAGAUAGAAGGCAUUCCAGAAAAUCUUUACUAUGCAGCUUUGGAUUUAUUCGACAAUCCCAGUCUAAGGGAGAUGUUCAUUUGUCUCAACAACAGCAGCAUGAAGCUGACAUGGCUGCAGGGGAAAUGUACAAGUCUUUCCUCAUUUAUCUUCCCCCCUGGUUUACAACAUUAGUGGUAGUACCCAUUUUAUGUAGCGAUUUUUUUUUGGAAACUGUAUGCAUAAAUUCCUAUGGCCUGCUUGUAGUUAAAAGCAUGGGACAGGUAAAUAGAAUAUAGUUAAGGUAGAGCAUGGAUUUGGAGUUUUGGUAAGGCAUUGGUGGUACUGGUCAUGGAAACCAAAGCUUUACAUGCUCAUGGAGCCGCUAAGCAGGUUAGCGAUUCUAUUUUCUCUUGCAAAGAAUGUUUUGGAUGGAAGACAUUUCUACUUUGAAUGAUAUGUUGGCAACUAUACAUUUCAUUUCAUUCAUUACAAAGGUAUAUGUUUUAAAUUUA